UCGCGCCGGGGAGUCGUACAGGGUGUUUCUUAGCUUCUCGGAAUCGAAGCGAGGUGUUCAGCAGUCCUUUAACGAGGAAGCUCAAACCCCGGAGUAUGCAGAGUGCAAUGUUCCUGGCUCUCCAGCAUAACCAGAUGGAAAGAACCGCAUGCAACUGCCCGGGCCACGAAGAGAAAAAAGAGAAAAUAAAGAGAACGCUUAUCAAAGAUUGGAAAUCAAGAUUGAGUUACUUCCUGCAAAACUCAUCUGGUUCCCCUAAUGCAAAGGACAACAAGAAAGGACAGCAAAAGGCUUGCUUCAGGCCCUCUCCUGAGGAAGCCCAGCUGUGGUCAGAAGCAUUUGAUGAACUCCUGGCUAGCAAAUAUGGUCUCGUAGCCUUCAGGGCAUUCUUGAAAUCUGAGUUUUGUGAAGAGAACAUUGACUUCUGGCUGGCUUGUGAGGAUUUCAAGAAAACCAAGUCCUCACAGAAGCUGACCUCCAAAGCCAAGAAGAUAUACACUGACUUUAUUGAAAAGGAAGCUCCCAGAGAGAUCAACAUAGACUUCCAGACCAAAAACUCAAUUGCCCAGAACCUGCAAGAGGCUACUCACACCUGCUUCAGUGCAGCCCAGAAGAAAGUGUACAGCUUGAUGGAAAAUAAUGCCUACCCACGAUUCCUGGAAUCGGAAUUCUACCGGGAACUGUGUAAAAAGCCACAAAUCAGCAGGGAUCCUCAAGGAACAUGAACUCCCAAGUGUUCGUGGGUAACAGAAGAGCAACAAAGAGAAUGCCACUUCAUCCACAGAGGAAGAGGGAUCUGUGUGUCUUCGCAGGCAACAUGAACUCAAACUGAAUGUACAGGGGAUCUGCCCCGGUAUCAUUUUUGUUGUCAAAUGGACUGAUCUGUUGACUGUGGAAGGCGUUUUUAUACUGAGAGGUGAUAUGACAAGCAUAAAAGCGAGCAAAACUGCGGGCCAGUUGCUAGGGAGACUUUGUUUUCUGUACAAAAAAAAGUGAUGCAUUGGGAAGGAAUGUCUUGCGUGCUACCAAAUUGCUGUGGGUCCUCCCAACUAUAUGUCAGCCUGGAUGUCCCAGUACUCCACGCCAGAUCAGAUGCAGCCUCCUUACCAAAAAAAGAGAAGACAUUAAGGUCUGGGACUGCUUUUUGUAGGUACUUCCUUAUUGGGACUUUGAGAACUGCUUUGAACAAUUGGCUACCCCUCAUUUUCCUAAAAGAUAUGGGCAGCGCUUUACCCUUGUUUUCAGUUAACUCUAGCUUUCUUUACGCUGGUUCUGUUUUCUGCAGUAUACCCAGCUGUGUACAGAUGUAGCCAAUUUCUGUAUGAUUGCUAGACUUAAAUUCCAGUGUUGCUGUAUAAUGUAAUACAGAAUGAGAUAUGGAGGGAUGACUAACCGACUGAAAAACAGAGCAUGCUGAUUAUGAGUUCAGGCCAAAUUCUGCCUGUGCGAGGUGGAGCAGAAUCUAGUCUAGGCUUGAAAAUGCCAUUUUGUACAAUGUAUGUGUAUUCCGACUCUGGUUGUGUUGUACACUCCUACCGAUGCUGAACAUACUGACAUGGCAAACUUCUGGGAAGUUGUCAUUUUUUUUUCAAAUGCCAGAUUUGUUUUAAUAAACUUUUAUUUUAAUAGAA